AACCAUUCACACUCACAUUCAUACCUAUGGACAAUUUGGAGUCGCUAAUUAACCUAGCAUGUUUUUGGAAUGUGGGAGGAAACCAGAGUAUGCAAACUCCACACAGAGAUGUGGAAUCGAACUUGGGUCUCCGAGCUGCGUGGCCUGCACACCAACCACUAGUCCACCGUGCAAUUGAAUAAAAAUGCAGUUUUUAAAUGAAACCUAUUAUUAUUCAUUCAUUCAUUCAGGGUCGCGGGGGUGCUGGAGCCUAUCCCAGCUGUCUUGGAGAAAGAGGCGGGGUACAUACAUCCUGGACUGGUGGCCAGCCAAUCACAGGGCACAUAUAGACAAACAACCAUUCACACUCACAUUCAUACCUAUGGACAAUUUGGAGUCGCUAAUUAACCUAGCAUGUUUUUGGAAUGUGGGAGGAAACCGGAGUACCCGGAGAAAAGCCACGGAAAGAACAUGCAAACUUUACACAGAGGGUGGAAUUGAACCCUGGUCUCCUAGCUGUGAGGUCUAUGCGCUAACCACUCGGCCGCCGUGCAGCCCGGACCUCAAACAAUGAAGUAUUAAUCCUUGACCUAAUUUUAGGAAAAUGACAAACAAUCCUCGGAAUCAUUUCCUUUCCGUAAACGACUACGAUUCAAACGACUCAACGGCGGUCGCGUAUGAUUGGUGGAAGUGACAGCUGCGUGUCCUUAACUUCACGUAUAGCGUCAUGGAUGGAGACGCGAGGCUGGGAUUAGCUCAUUAAGGCGGACAUCUUUGAUGCGCGGUUAUCUUUCUCAUUUCCACAGCAACUCGAUCUUGAGACACACGCGAGCACAAAGACCCCACUCACUCACACACACACACACACGCACACACAUGCACACGCACACUCGGACGGGCCGUGAAAGCUCCAGAGAUCAGGGCCCAACGUGAGAUAUGGAGCGUAGAUGUGCAGCAACAGCUAAACGUCGUGUCGGGUUUCUGGGGGCUCGUGCUAAAUUUAACCCAGCGAUCCCGCAGCAGGCCGAGGGCUUUAAAUGCCAGCCUACAGUUGCUCCACACCAGUUGUUCUCCACACGUCUCCCACUCGUCACUAACGCAGGCCAAGGACGAAGGCAAGGCGCACGCGUGCACUCUGACACACACGUCCAGGGCUCGGGACUUGAACGGCGUGUAUGAUAUAGCGGUUCCGAAGGGGGGAAGCAAGGGAUUUUUGAACCAUCGCACACCCACCACGACAUCAUCCAAGAUGGAGCUUUUUGAGACCAACCCUUACUUCUUCCCAGACCAACGCUUUUAUGAAGGCGGGGAUAACUACUUCCCAUCUCGGCUUCCCGCCGCGUACGACCAAGUUGGCUUCCAGGACAGGAACUCCAUGAUGGGUUUGUGCGGGACUCUGUCCGGAAGCGUCGGCGUCACGCCGCCUGAGGAUAAACCCUCGCCGUCCGGCCUGUCGCCUCAAUCCGAGCCUCACUGCCCGGGUCAGUGCCUGCCGUGGGCCUGCAAGCUGUGCAAACGGAAGACGGUGACCAUGGACCGUCGGAGAGCGGCCACGCUGAGGGAGAAGAGGCGCCUCAAGAAGGUCAACGAGGCUUUUGACGCCCUGAAGAGGAGCACCCUGAUGAACCCCAACCAGAGGCUGCCCAAAGUGGAGAUCUUGAGGAGCGCCAUUCAGUACAUCGAGAGGCUCCAGGCUUUGGUGUCGUCCUUCAACCAGCAGGACACGGAGAUGGGGCAGCAGGGUCUGCACUACCGGACCGGACCGAACCAACCCAGAGUGUCGUCAUCCAGCGAGCCCAGUUCAGGCAGCACCUGCUGCAGCAGCCCGGAGUGGAGCAGCACCCCGGAGCGGUGCACGCAAAGCUACGGCAGCGAGGAGCUUCUGAGCGCCGCCGAGUCUCCGGAGCACGCCAACAUCCAGACCCUGAGCUCCAUUGUGGACAGCAUGACGGCAGCGGACGGAUCUGUGCCCUUUCCUGUGGACAUUCCCAAAUAAACCCCCCCCCCAUCCUCCCGCCCUUCAAGAGUGGACCCAGAGCAAGCACACUGUGCCUCAAGACACAAAGCAGCAUGACAAUCAGCAAAGAAAGCUGAUAUUUUUAUAUUUAAAUUACAAAUCAUUUUAACAGUAACUAAAGAAUUCCACCUUUGGCCUGAUUUCCUUUAUUCCCAGCCUUAAAGCCGCGCUCCGAACAAUCAUUUGGAAGAUUACAGUUCAAAACGUUGCAUGAACAAGGGCCUUGUUUCAAUCUUUUACUUAAUUUAAGCUUUCCUUAUUUUUUCGAAACCUUUCCCAGAUCUUUCAUUCUUGUGUGUGUGUUUUUUUUUUAAAUGCAAAAAAUCAAAAGAACCAUGAGUUUAUUUUGUGGGGCCAACAUGUAUCAUGGCAGUUUUGACCAAGAUCUGCUUAAAUGUUAAACUGGUUACAGAUGCUUAGUGAUGUAAAUACGUUCCCUUUUUCUACAGAGUGGUUUUGCCAGUUUAUUUUGUAUUGUUUUGUCUGUUAUUUUGCUAACUUAUUGUUGUCUUUUAUAACUAAGAUUGUUGUGUAUUUUGUAGAUGUUUGGAAAUGUCAUAUUUCCUGACCAGUCCUUGUAAUAAAGACCA